GACCUGGAGAGCCACUCCCCUUCAGAAACAGAGACUAUAUAUUGUGAGGUCCUCUUUACCAACAACACCUGGUGAGAUGGGUACCACCACGAUUUUGGCAUGCCUUCUCUUGUUGGGUCCAUCAGUUCUGGAGGCCAAAACAGCUCCCUACGUCCACCUGGUGAACGGAAGGCACCGAUGUGAAGGUCGUGUUGAGGUCUACUACCGAGGACAGUCGGGGACGGUUUGUGAUGACUACUGGGACCUCGCGGACGCCCAGGUGGUGUGCAGGCAGCUGGGGUGUGGCAGGGCCAUUGCAGCUCUAGGAAGUGCCUACUUUGGGCAAGGCUCAGGGGACAUUGUGCUGGACAACGUGAGGUGCAGUGGAAAUGAGGUGUCCUUGCUGCGCUGCAAUCACACGGGGUGGAGGAUCCACAACUGUGCCCACUAUGAAGACGCUUCUGUUGUCUGUUCAGAAGAGUCUGAUUCAAAACAAGCAGAGCCAACAUCAACCUAUACAGCAUAUUCAGCACUGGAGACAACAUCCCCAGAAGAGACAACACCCAUAGAACCAAUGAGGUCUCUAAGAGAGACAUCAAUGUCAGCAUCAACAGUCUUCACAGAGGAGACGACGUCCCCUGGGGAGACGGCCACCACCGUGCCAAUGACAAGCCUAGAGGUCACAUCCAACCCAUGGCAAAUGACCUCCCCAGAAGAGAUGUCUGCUCUACCAGAGUCCUCUGCCCUACCGCUGUUGCACACCACAGUAGAGGAGAGCACAACAGCAGGAAUGCCCAGCCCAACACACCCGACCAGUGCAGCACUACCCACCAGCACACCAGAGAUGUCCACCUCAGCAGAGACGACCACCACAGCAGGAUCCAGUGCCACACCAGAGGUGUCCACCUCAACAGUGAUGUCCACCUCAGCAGAGAUGAUAACCUCACCAUUGUUGAGCACCUCAGAGAAAACAGCUAUGAGAGAAGAGGAGAGCACACCAGCAGGGAUGCCCAUGAUAGAGCAGAAGAUAGAGGAAACAGACUUCAUAGCAGAGACGACCACCUCAGCAGAGACGACAACGACCUCAGUAGAGACAACCACCUUAGCAGAGAUGACCACAACCUCAGCAGCCAUACCCACCUCAGCAGAGCCGACCACCUCAGCAGAGACGACCAACUCAGCAGAGACAACCACGCCAGCACAGACAAGCAUCUCAGAAGAGGUGACUACUUCAGCAUGGAUUGCAAGAGCGGAAAGCAGUCCACCAGGUGCCAAUCCAACCCCUCCUGCUCAAUGGCCGUACACAACAGGGCCCAGCGUGCGGCUGUCGGGCGGCAGGAACGGCUGCGAGGGCCGCGUGGAGCUGUACGACGGCAGCUCCUGGGGCACCGUGUGUGACGACCAGUGGGACCUGCAGGAUGCCCAGGUGGUGUGCCGCCAGCUGGGCUGUGGCCAGCCCCUGGGUGCCCCACGCAACGCUCGCUUUGGCCCGGGCUCCGGCCGCAUCUUCCUGGACGACGUGCAGUGCCGCGGGGACGAGCCCUCCCUCCAGAUGUGCCGGCACAACGGCUGGGGCAUGCACAACUGUGGGCACGUGGAGGAUGCCAGUGUCAUCUGUGCAG